UGCAAGCAGGUUUUCGAGCGCAAGUGCCUUGUCUGUGCUUUCUUUUUUGCAUUGCCUUUGCCGUCUCUUGCUAAUGCCUCUGGAUCUUUAGCCUUAUCCCGCUGUAGAUCCACACAAUCCCCGCCACCACGGACCACGAUGUCGCUUGCCGCGCUCCCCGCCUACUCGCACGUCAUCCUCUCCCGCUUCGCGCGAUGUCCCACAUUCAUCAGCUUGGAGCUCAACGACGUUGCCACAUUCAACUCCUUGACGCCCGAUAUGUUUCAAUGCAUGGCACGCGCGUUGCAGUGGUGCGCAAAAGAGAAGACCGUGCAUGCCGUCGUCUUUAGCGGACGCGGGCGUGGGGCUGACAAGUCCAAGCAUGUGUUCUGCUCCGGCAUGGGCAUGUCCAAGGAGACAGCCGAGAACGCGUUUGCGAACCCGAAAGGUGUCAGUCUGAGAGAGGUGCGGGCUCGCGUCGUCAAAGGCCCACUCGACUUUAUUGACACGAUCAUCGACUUUCCCAAGCUUCUGGUUGCCGCCUGCAAUGGACAUGCAUUUGGAAUGGCUGUAACUAUGCUACCACUCUUCGACUUUGUCUACGCCUUACCGGGCCUGACGUUCCGCACACCCUUCUCUGAGCUAGGCGUGUGCGCCGAGGGUUGUUCAAGCGCGACUUUUCCCGCAAUCCUCGGACCUGGCUUGGCCUCCAAGAUGCUCUACUAUGCUGAGCCACAGACAUCCGAGAAACUGUUGCCCUCAGGAUUCAUCAGCGAAAUCGUACCUGACAAAGACUCGACGACGCUUCCUGAGUGGGUCCUCAACCACCUCUGCGACAGACUAGGCGUGGAUGAUGUAAACAUCACUGGUGCCAGCACCGGCCUCCCUACUUCCGGGCCUCGAGCUGCUUCCGCAUCAGCAGCAGGCUCUGGCGCACCAAGCCAACUGCCCAACCCACUCGACUGGCGCAAUCUCUCCUUGCAGUCGAUCCUAUACUCCAAGUCGCUCGUCAUGCACAAGGACCGCCGACGUUUCUUGCAUGAAGUCAAUGCGAAAGAGAUGGAAGCUGUCGCAGGCAUGGUGGCCAGCCCGGAAUUUGCGGUCGGCAUCGGGCGCUUCAUGGCAAAGCAAGCGGCCAAGAAGGCCAAGCUGUAGCCAUUCCAGGCAUGUUCAACGCUGGCCAAGCGAAUGUCGUUCUACAUGCUACAAGAUGUAUGUUACAGUAUACCAUAGACUCAGAGCCUACUUUCGC